CGCAGAUUGUUGUUAGGCGAGGUUGGAAAGACGUCUUCGGCAUACUGUUUGGUUACGGUUAGCCUUUAGACGCCCGGUUUCGACCGAUCUAGGUCUGUCAGCCGGGAUGAUGAUCAUGUUACCUGCGGCUAUAAUGUUGUUGUAUACCACAUUUGUUGAAUCUUCAUGUCUAUAUAUUCGUAAAUGAAUUUUCCGUGUCGGCGAGUCGCAAUCCGAACCACCGAAAGAUCGUGCCAUCAUGUUUUUUUCCAACGUGAUCCGUAUACGCGCGUCUGCGUUAUCCUUGCGCCGUCGACAGGCCUGGGACCCACUAAUGUGGCAUUAUCAAGUCACGCUUACAUUCAUUUCUCCACAAUAUAAGUUAGGAGUGCGAGAUCCGUCAAAACUGCGACAUGAAGGCUACUAAUGACUACGAAGGAUUUCGCAAGGCCGUACGUGAAGCCCGCCAUAUUGUUGUCCUUGCUGGGGCGGGACUGUCUGUUGCCUCGGGGGUUCCAACCUUUAGAGGUGAAAAAGGAUUGUGGAGACGGCACGAUGCUACCCUCCUCGCAACGCCGGAAGCCUUCCACAAAGACCCAUCUCUUGUCUGGCAAUUCUACCAUUAUCGUCGAGAACUAGUAAUCAAAGCGAAACCUAAUAACGCACAUCGUGUUCUCGCACUGCUUUCCUCAUCACCGGAGACACUCAAACGCGUCGCACCCUCCGCGACGUUCCGUCUCGUCACACAGAAUAUCGAUAACCUCUCCACACGCGCCUUACCUCCCAAUGCUCCACUCUCCGCUCGUCCCAUGGAGAUGCACGGAAACAUAUGCCGUACCCGGUGUACCCAGUGUAGCCACAUGGAAGUGAACACCAAGAGUCCCAUCUGUCCCACCCUAGCUGGCACGGAACGUUCUUUCGAAACUGACGUGAACCACGCCCAGGAACCCGUCAUCGACGAAAAAGAUCUCCCACGAUGUGCACGGUGCGGAGGCCUGCUGAGACCGGACGUCGUGUGGUUCGGAGAGGGCGUCCGGGACUUGGAGGAGAUCGCGAGUAUGAUCGAUAAACGGUGUGAUUUGUUUUUGGUCGUUGGGACUUCGGCGGAGGUCCUCCCGUCGGGUAUUUUUGGCGAUAUCGUUCGUGGUAAUGGCGGGAGGGUUGCGGUGUUCAAUAUCGAGAAGACGUAUACGGAUCGGAUUGCCGAGUUUUCCUUUCAGGGUCCCUGUGAGGAGACGUUGGUGAAGGCGUUUGGCUUGGAGGAUGUUAUCUGUAAGUAAGGGACGACGCGGAAGAGACUUUUUUUGGUGAUUGCUAUCAGACUGUUGCUACUGUUAUGGGUAAAUGUGAUUGUACUACAAAUGCGUUGUAACUAUACGUUUAUUACGGCUUAUCUUCAGCAAACUAGGACGACACUUGUGGUAAUAUUCUGUCCCCCGUCUGUUUGGAUACGUCAAGGCCGUUGGGGAACUACCCUUGACACAAUUUUCU